GCAGUCGAGCGCCACAAGCAGAACAUCGAGAAUUAUCAGACAGCAGCCACUGAGGCAGAAGGCAUUCUCGAACGCAAGAAGAACACCCUCGAGCUGGAGAUAGAGCAGUUCAGCACCAGUCAGGACCGCGUAAAGGAGCUCACCAAGGAGCACGACCAGCAGUUGGCCCUCUCCAUGUCAGCG